AUGGCGCUUGAUAAAUGUAUUUUAUACUUGGACGAGAAUUUCGCCAAACUUCCAGAUAACGAAGAAACCGUAGGUGUUCAAAAAGCCAUAGAGGAAGCAGUUUCAGCCUUGAUUAGAAGCGUUGGCGAACAAGAUGCAAGAUUCCUUGGCAAAAUUGAACCGUCAGGCAGUUUUUACGAAGGAACAAAAAUACUGCAGCCUGAUGAAUUCGACUUUGUCGUUACGCUUUCUAGACUCGCGGAGUUUUGUGAUAUCGCGUACCGGGAUGGAGGAAAACCUCAUGUUUUAGUGCGGUUUUGUCCUUGCGAAAAGGAUGAUAUGUGGCAUUCGUGGGUAGAUUUUUGUCAGGAAAUGUCUAACGUCGAAAUCGUAGAUCCAAUAACAGGAACAUAUUCGAUUAUAGAUGGUCCCUUUCUCUACUUAGAUGGCUCUACCCUGAAACAGAGGUUUUAUUGCUUACUGAGAGAGGCAUUUAAAUCUGUAACAUGGCCUGAAAACCUAAAAUUCGUUUCUUCUACGGGGUUUGCUUUUGACAAGAUUGGUUUGUCAGGUGCAACACAAGCUGCCGUGUCAGAGAAAUUAGAUUUUCUGUGGAGAGGUAAUCUGAAAGUGUCAGUGGAUUUAGCCUUAGCCAUAGAAUUUAACGGUUGGCCCUCACUGCCGGGGCUAUUUGAUGAGUUGUUGGUAGAGGGACAUCCUGCAUAUUCAUUAAAAAUGGAUAUGAAAAAUUCUGGUUUCCAUGCUGUACCAAAACUAGGAGUUAUAUGGAGAAUUUCAUGGUCUAGGGCAGAGACAGCCAUUUUGAAUUACAUCUUUAAUCGAAAUGAACAAGCUGCCAUAAGCUAUCGUGUUGCAAAGAUGAUCAAAGAGACACACUUUGUUGAAGUCAUAGAACAAUCGAGUUCAAACUUUCCCGUACGUAUUUGUGAAAGCUAUACAAUAAAACAUUUGUUAAUGUACCUCUGGUUAUCAAAUUCAUCUUCAUCCGAAUGUUUAGCAAAGGGUUGUGGUGAAAUGCUCUUGGACCUUCUCAAGCUGCUGGUUGAUGGACUUAAAACAGGUCACUGUAAACAAGUUUUUGCAAAUUUCAGCACAGUAAAAACUGGCCCUCUGCUUCCGUUCCUUGCUUCAGCAGUGGAAAAGUGCAUCAGAACUCUUUCUGAAAUGCAGAAUGUAGAGAUUUCUCAAGUUCCAAGGAGGUGUGAGGAUUUCUUUAAGGAUGAAAUACAUGUUGCAUUGCCACGUCCUCCGAGAAAACUCAGCAGUUAUAAAAUAACCAAGAUACAUUAA